ACAGUUAGAUUCUAAAAUUACGUUAAUAAUGUAGAAUGUAGCCUAGAUCUAGAUUCUUAGAUCAAAUAAAUAACGUCAAAAUUUACUUUUAAGACAGUACUUCUGGUUUUUAUCAUUGAUGCCAUCUAUUUAAACGUAUGCAGAACAGACUGAGAAAAUCAGCCAUGUCUUUACAAAGUGCACUUGUGGUUAAACAGGAAUCAAAUGACCAAGCAAUACAAUUUAUGGAUUCAAAAUCAGAUGUAACAUUGGCAAUUUUAACUUUAGAAGAUGUGAAACCAAAUUUACCAACAUUGAUUUCAACUUCAAAUGUUAUCAAUCAAAAUAUAUCAUCACAAUCUUCACCUUUUGAAGACAAGUCAAAUGAAACAGUUUCAAUGUCAGAAAAUCAACAAUCAGAUGAAACAUUUUCUUAUUCUAAAGAUAUGAAACAAAAUGUUUCAACAGAACUUUUAAGGUGUGAUGUUAUGAAAAAGGACAUCUUAACAUUUUCAUCAUUUAAGGUUGAAAACGAAGAUAGCUUAGAUGUUACAAGACAGCUUGAAUAUUUACCAGAUUCUGAUGCUUUUAUUGAAAAUUUUACAGUUUUAAAAUCAGAUCUUUAUCAUGAUUUAAAAGAACUCAAGGAAUUGCAUAAAGAAGUUAUUGAUAAUUUUCCAACAAUGUAUGACCUCAGUGAUAAGGGGCUGAAGACAUAUAAGUGUGAUAUGUGUUGUCAAAGAUUUACUCAUUUUGAUCAUAUUACACAACAUCUGAAAACUCACACAAGAAAGAAUUCAUAUGGGUAUGAUUUUCAUCAGCAACAAGGUGCUAUGAACAGUCAUGUAAAACAGCUUAAGAAAAUAAAUAAGAAGUAUUCUCUGCAUAAAUUACAUCCUGAAGACAGAUGCAAUGAAUGUGAUGUGUGUCAUAAAAAGUUUGCUCAUAAGUCUAGUUUAUAUACACACAAAAUUAUUCACUUGGGACAUAAGCCUCAUGAAUGUGAUGUGUGUCAUAAAAAGUUUGCUCAUAAAUCUAUUUUAAAAGCACACAAAAUUAUUCACUCUGGAAAUAAGCCAUAUGAAUGUGAUGUUUGUCAUAAAAGUUUUAAUCGUAAAUUUAUUUUAUCUCAACAUAAAAAUAUUCAUGCACAAAUAAGACCACAUGAAUGUGAUGUGUGUCAUAAAAAGUUUUCUAAUAAGUCUAGUUUAAAAGUACACAAAGUCAUUCACUCUGGACUUAGGCCAUAUGAAUGUGAUGUGUGUCAUAAAAAGUUUGCUCAUAAAUCUAGUUUAAAUACACACAAAAUUAUUCACUCUGAACAUAAGCCAUAUGAAUGUAAUGUGUGUCAUAAAAGUUUUAAUCGUAAAUUUAUUUUAUCUCAACAUAAAAAUAUUCAUGCACAAAUAAGACAACAUGAAUGUGAUGUGUGUCAUAAAAAGUUCACUACGAAGAGUCAGUUAUCUGUCCAUAAAAAUAUACAUUCUAAUCUCAAGCCAUAUGAAUGUGAUGUUUGUCAAAAACGUUUCAAUCUUAAAUUCUAUUUAUCUGACCAUAAAAAAACUCAUGAAAAACAAUAUGAAUGUGAUGUGUGUCAUAGAAAGUUUGUCAGGCAGUCUCAUUUAUCUAAUCACAAAAUUAUUCACUCUGGACUAAAGCCACAUGAAUGUGAUGUGUGCCAUAAAAUGUUUGCUCAGAGGUACCAGUUAUCUAGACAUCAAAAGACUCAUUCUGGGCUUAGGCCAUAUGAAUGUGAAGUGUGUCAUAAAAAGUUUAGUCAGAAAGGUUAUUUAGAAGUACAUAAAAAUAAACAUUUAGGACACAUACCAUAUGAAUGUGAUUUAUGUCAUAAAAAAUUUACUAAAAAGACUAAUUUAUUUAAACAUAUUACCAUUCAUGUUCGGCUUCAGCUAUAUAAAUGUGGUGUGUGCCAUAAAGAGUUUUUUCAAAAAAUUCAAUUAUCUCAACAUAAGAAUACGCAUUUACAAUUAAGACCUUAUGAAUGUGAUGUGUGUCAUAAAAAAUUUGUUAAUAAGUCUAAUUUAUAUCGACAUCAAAAGUCUCAUUCUGGGCUUAGGCUACAUGAAUGUGAUGUUUGUCAUAAUAAGUAUACUCGGAAAGAUGAAUUAUUGAAGCAUAAAAAGACUCAUUCAGGCGGUCCACAUGAAUGUGAUGUUUGUCAUAAAAACUAUACUCUGAAAGAUGAAUUAUUGAAGCAUAAAAAGACUCAUUCAGGCGGUCCACAUGAAUGUGAUGUUUGUCAUAAAGUGUUUUCUAGGAAAUCUUCUCUAUCUCGACAUCAGAAGUCUCAUUCAGGAAAUUAGCCACCUUAUUCACAAGGAACUUUAAUCUUUACAUAAAAUGAUGAAUUUCGCACUCAGGUCACACAGUGGAGACAGAAGAUAUGACUUUGAUAUUUGUCAUUAAAAUUGUUCUCACUGUCAUUAGGUGUCUUAUACAGGAUAGGCCUAUAAUCCUCAUCAUUCUAGUAUUUUUGUAAUAGAAAUUAAUAGGUCUAUUGGUUAUUUUAACAUUUCAUUUUAAAGAUAAGCAAAUACAAUGUUUUUUUUAACUUAAGUGUUUAAAUUUUUAAGGAUUAUUGUUGUAAAGAUUUGAAACAUCAGCCUGUAGUUCAUUUGUAUGGUGUCACUAAGAAUGAAGUUAAUGCAAGGUUGAUAAAUUAAUUAUUAUUAUUAUUAAUUAAUUAAUUAAUAAUUUAUAAAUAUUCACACAAGAGAAAAAAGCACUUUAAGGUAAGAAUUGAUGUCAUUAAUCAUCACAGCACAUAAUUUAAGAUUACCUUGUAUGUUUAUAUAUAAAUGCGAACAAUUUACAACGUCAAAACGUUU